AUGUAUGCUUCUGAUCUUCUCACCUGUGCUGGUCUCAUAGAUUGUAAGAUAGCUGAUAAUUUGCUGGAGCCCAACAUUAAACUUCGUCCUACUGAUGGAGAGAUCCUUCCUGACGCCACUCGUUAUCGACAGUUUGUUGGGAGCCUGAUUUAUCUCGCUGUCACUAGACCAGACAUUGCCUAUGCAGUGCAUCUUAUUAGCCAAUUUAUGUCAGCUCCUCGUUCCAUUCACCAUGCAGUUCUUUUUCACAUCUUACGCCAUGUGAAGGGAACAUUAUUUCAUGGGCUUCAGUUUUUCGCUCAGUCAUCCUUGACGUUGAAGGUUUACUUUGAUACUGAUUGGGCAAGGGACCCCACUGAUCACCAAUCUACCACUGGUUUUCUUUUUCUACUUGGUGACUCCCUUAUCUCUUGGUGGAGCAAAAAGCAAAACAUUGUUGCUCGCUCUGGCACUGAGGCUGAGUAUCAAGCCCUUGCUAACACUACUUUAGAACUUCUUUGGCUUCUCCAAGAUGUGGGAAGGGACACUUCGCCUCUUGUCAGUUAUCAUCUGGUUGAUAUCUUCACAAAGGCUCAUCUACCUGGUGGCCAUCAUUCUUUAGUUUGCAAACUCCAGUUGGCAUCUUCAAUACCACCUUGA